CCUCAAGCCUCACCCCUACCCUGUGCGUAUCCUCGGCGUUGACCCCGGCCUGAACAUCACCGGUUACGGCGUUAUCGACGCGUCGCGUGCCGGCGUGCGGCUGGUGGAGGCGGGCGUCGUGCGGGGCACGAAGGGCAAGUCGCUUGCGCACCGGGUUGGCGAGAUCCACGCCGGGAUCGCCGAAGUGAUCGCAGCUCUUAAGCCCGAGGCGAUGGCCGUCGAAGAGCUGUACUCGCACUACGAGCGGGUGAAGACCUCGAUCCUGAUGGGCCACGCCCGGGGCGUAAUCGUCCUGGCGGCGACGCAGGCCGACGUGCCCGUCGCGCACUACGCGGCGACGCAAGUCAAACGUAUCCUCACCGGCGCCGGCCGCGCGCCGAAGUCGCAGAUGCAGCAAGCGAUCCAGCGCGAGCUUGGCCUUGCCGCCGCGCCCGAGCCGCCCGACGUCGCCGACGCGCUGGCGAUUGCGGUCGCCGUCGGCGUUGGGCUGGUGCUGUACGUGCUUUGGCGGCAGACGAUCCAGAAGCGUUCGGGGCCGCCGACGGCGGUUGAGAACUUCGGGUGGGCGGUGGUGGUGCUCUUCUUCUGCGCCGCCAACGCAUUGCAACGCGACUGGAUCGGCGUCGGGAUGUGGAUCGUGUUGGCGGGUUUGUUCUAUGUCCGGUGGCGGCGGGAGAGCGGGGGCUCGCCAUUACUGCCCACUGCCUGCUGCCCACUGCCCACCCCCUUGAUCACCAAAAUCACCGGCCAUGUUGUCGCCGCUGCGGGCGACGCCGCCACGAUCGCCGCGGGGCCCUUCGAGUACGAAGUGCUCAUCCCCGAGUUCUGCCGCCGGCGGCUGUCGGGAAUCAUCGGUAACGAAACCUCCCUGCACACCAUCGAGUACCUCGAAGGGGACGCGGCGCGUGGCAAGCUCACGCCGCGCCUCGUGGGCUUCACCGCCGCGGUGGAGCGUGAGUUCUUCGACAUGUUCUGCCAGGUCGACGGCAUCGGCGUCCGCAAGGCGCUGCGGGCUAUGGUGCGGCCGGUCGAAGAGCUGGCCGUCAUGAUCGAAGAGCAAGACGCCAAGGGCUUGGCGACGCUCCCCGGCAUCGGCCCGGCAACCGCCGAGCGCGUCAUCGCCAAGCUACGGCGCAAGGCGGCGAAGUUCGCCCUCCUGGUCGGCCGCAAAGAGACGCCGCUGGGCGACGUCGAAGGCGACCUCCUCAGCGAAGCGUUCGAGAUCCUCCGCACCCUCGGGCACAGCGACGCCGACGCCCGCCGUUUAAUCGACGGCGUCGUCACCCGCAGCAAGUCGAAGUUCAAGGACGUCGAGGCGCUGCUGCACGCGGUGUACGAGCAUCGGAACGAUUAG